UGUUGCGUGCGUCACGUCGCGCGGAUCUUACGUGUUAAAAACCGCCUUAGAGAAAAAAAAAAGGAAGAACAACGCGAACUGUUUUUGGAAUUGAUGGCGAUUCGAUCAAUUCACACGAUUGCGGUUUGUUAAAAAAGAGAGAGAAAAGGAGAGCGAAAAAGAUCGACAUACUGCGAUGAUUGCUGCAUGGCCAUUAUGAAGGGACGCGGAAGCAAUGGGAAUAAGUGCGAUAAGAGUCGUCAGGACGGAAGCAACGCGACGGAGAAAACGGGAAAUCUGAGCGACGACGAAAAUCAAGGCUUCGCGAGCUGGCUGCGCUCCAGCACCGGUGUCGAGAUGAUGCGGCUCUUUGUGAUCGCGAAUUCGAUUCUGGUGUUCGUAACUAUGGCUUGGCCGAACAUGAAGGAGUCUUUUUAUAUCAUUAGGGACUACCUCAUGGGGGAAGAGGAGUAAAUUGACCGACCGAGAUUAUGAUUUGAACUCACUGAAAGAAUCUACUCGUAAUUAAAUAUUUAUUAAUUUAUCGAACAAUCACUGAGAUAUAAUUAAGGGAUGGUAUUACAUAAAUUUCAUUAGUUUGGAAAAAAUAAGAGUAUCCUUCUUGUGUUAUUUAAUCACAAUCAUCGCAAUAUUUACACACCUCUGAAAGCCGGCUUUAUUUCCGGUGUCUUUGAUUAAUCUCGAGUGAAGCACUUAUCAGUAUGUGUCGGUUUUCGCAUUAGCGCCGAAACUGAUAACGAAGCAGGACCGAUAGAUUGCGAAUAGAUGCCGAAACUGAUAACAGAUGACUUUCACAGACAUCGCCGUCGCCGUGGCGUCGCUUGUUGCCAAUGUCCGCGUAAAAACGCAAAACGUUGGUACGACGAGAUCGAUGCGCAACGAGGGGCGACAAAUGGGAAUAUAACCGUCGGCUUUCAGAACUUUUAAUAUCCGUGCAAAAGCGGACAGACGUUUGACAGAAGUUUUUUUUACGCGGCAUUUGAAAGUCAGAUGCAUCGCGGAUCGCGAUAUUUGUGCAAGAUAAAGCCGGAAGUUCUCUUGCUCGAAAGUUUUCCGUCGUGUAGAAGCGAAUGAAUAACCUUCGAUGGUGCCGUGAGAUUUGAAUGCCCGAUUUAAGUAUUAGGAACCCGUUUGACGAGAGCGCACGACUCUCUCGGAAUAAGAUCUUCCGCAGCGAACCCCGUCGAUCUUACCGGACAGUCAAGUUUAUCGCACGAGAUGCGAUAAACCUACUUAGCGAAUAUAUUGAUCCGAUAUUGACGUGCAAUUAUAUUUCACGACAUCCUCUUUCAUUAAUUGACC